AAGUACUCCAUAUAAACUUAAAAACAAAAAAUAAGCCACUUGUCUCAAGUCCCCAAAAUUAACAUCCACAAGCUAGAAAUUAUUUUUUAUCAUUAAAAAAAAAUGGAAUUACUUUAUCUUCUAUGCUCCAUAGUCUCCACUUCCUUCACAACUCUUAUUCUAUCUCUCAUUCUCCCUUUCCACGCGCUACUGCGUCGCUUAUUAUCCUCACGCGCCGCUUCUUCUUCUUCCACGGACCAACCUGAACCCGUAUCUCUCUAUGAAGGUACAGUCUAUCAUCAGCGCCGUCACCCAGUUCACCACUCCUUUCAAUACCGUGUUCGCUACGCGCUUAUUGACCUCGACCGUGAAACUCACGCGCCUCCCAAUCAUCUUUCUCCCAAUGAAGCUCGUCAAAUUACCGGUACCAAUGGACCCAUUUUGCUUUUGACGAUUCCACCUAGUGUGGGAUAUGAACAGAAUCCAUUGAGUGUGUAUUAUUGCUAUGAUGUUGAAGAGUCUGCCACAUGUUUGAAGAAAUGCAUUGCUGAGGUAACAAAUACACCAUGGGCUGAAAGAGUAACCUUUAUUUUCAAUCCACAUUCUGAUUUAGUGGCCAAAGCUUUGCAUGUCAGUCCUUUUAUGGAUAUGCUUGGAAGUUGGAACAUUAAAGCAAGUGAACCCGGAGAUAAUCUUAGCAUAUCAAUUUCAGUUCAUCAUCCUGAGUUUGGAAACUAUUUUACUGCUAGUUUGAAAGCCAAAAAGCUGCACUCGUCAUCAGCGUCAGAUCAUGCAGUUUUCUUUUGGUUGAUGCCUCAUAAGGUUGCGGUGUGGAUAUAUUGGCAUGCUAUAAAGCUGUGGUGGAAGAAUGUACAGUUUAUACAACACCCUAGAUAUGCGACUCCGAUGUACAGAGACGAAGCUUUAAUACGAGAUAGAAAUCUGCAGUGUUGUGGAUUCAGUGCACUAGGAGAAAACAACAAGGAUGGUUUAUUAUCUGAAGUAAAACCUAGAGACAGGUGGUUUAGAUGGAAUGAUGCUAAAUGGCCUUGGUCAUAGAAAAUAGCAAGCAAACAUUCCCAAAGGUUAAACAUGUAGUUUUACUUUGUAUUCUGGUUGGUCUGUACUAUUGUCUAUCAUCACUUUGUUUGAAAUGUCUCAUUAUUACCCUUUUUUUUAGGACACUGAUUUUCUGCAGUCAUAUCAACCUUCAUUCGCACAUUCAGUCGUAUUUGACCGUCAGAUUUUGAUCAGACAGUUCCAAUUUUAAAACUGGAAAAACAAAUUCGAUUUUUCCAAAAUAAUUUAUGUGAGCAACUUAUAAAUAUAUAAAAAUAAUUUAUGCAAGUUUAUGAAUAAAUGUUUAUUUUAGUAAAGAUUUAGAAAAUGUUUAUCCAACCAACGACUUCCUCCAUUUUAAAAUGAGUGUCGUUUAAGAUUUUUGCAUAUAGAUUAAGGAAUGUAAUUAUAGUGUUAUAAGAUAUUGCACAUUUACUAUAUUAACCUUAUAUUAACCUUAUGUUGAAAGUAGUGAAGAGAACAAAAAGUAAAGGAUAAAAUUGGAAAAAUCAUAAUCAUUAUUAUAUUGAAAGAUGAGAAUGAUAUUUAUUUUAAAAUAAAUUUUAUUUGUUAAAACGACUCUGAUUUUGAAAUGGAGGGAGCAGAUUCUAAAUCGAAGAAGGAAUAUCCCAGCAAAAUCAGUUGGCCCUGGGCUUCAUCUUCAAUGAUUGUGACUAAAAUAGAACCUAAUUAAUCAAGUUCUC